GCGUAAAGCGCACAUCAGACUCCGUGCGCACACGGAGCGCAUGUUAGCAUCUCUGACUCACUCCCACUCCAAUCUGUUUCUCUCUCUCUCUCUCUCUCCAUUCCCCGCGAGUGAAAGACCAAAACAAAUUUCAGCCCAAUUUUCCAGAGCUACCUACAUUCUCCUCCCAAAUCAUAAUUUUACCUACGGUAAUCCCUGUUUUUACGAGCCUAACCUCCACCAAUGGUUCCGGCUUCCACCACCUCCUCGUCGGGGGCGGCGGCGGCUCGGCGUUUUAUUGGUUCUCGCCGGCGAACCGAAGCCACUCCCUUGCCUUCUCCUCCGGACUCACCCCCUCCGAAGAAGCUGAAGCUCAUGUCGGAGAUAUUAGCUAAGGCGAAGUACGCUGUGGUGGAGCGAGCUGACUACAAUGACUUGAGCUGCGAGCAAUGCGGGUUAGGGGACCUGCCCGACGAGCUGCUAUUAUGUGACAAAUGCGAUAAGGGAUUUCACAUGAAGUGUGUGAGGCCGAUCGUUGUGAGAGUUCCGAUUGGAUCGUGGCUGUGCCCCAAGUGCUCUGGCCAGAGACGAGUAAGAAGGCUUUCGCAGAAGAAGAUAAUUGAUUUUUUUAGGAUUCAGAAGGGUCAUCGUAGGAAAGAUAAAUGCAGCUCCCCUCAAGACACAAGGAAGCGUCGGAGGCGUUCUGGACCAUUGGUGUAUCAAAAGAAAAGGCGUAGAUUGUUGCCAUUUAUUCCAUCAGAAGAUCCUGGUGAAAGGUUGAAACAAAUGGGCACCCUUGCUUCUGCAUUGACGGCAUUACAAAUGGAGUUUAGUGAUGAUCUAACCUACUCGCCUAGCAUGGCUUCUCGAUCUGCUAAUCAGGCAAAGCUUGAAGAGGGUGGCAUGCAGGUUCUUUCUAAGGAGGACGUAGAUACACUGGAACAAUGUAGAGCUAUGUGUAGAAGAGGCGAAUGCCCUCCCCUUAUAGUGGUUUUUGAUUCAUGUGAAGGAUUUACAGUCGAGGCAGAUGGGCAGAUAAAAGAUAUGACAUUUAUCACCGAGUACACUGGCGAUGUGGAUUAUAUUAGAAACCGUGAACAUGAUGAUUGUGAUAGUAUGAUGACCCUUCUCUUAGCAAAAGACCCAUCUAAAAGUCUUGUCAUCUGCCCUGAUAAACGUGGAAAUAUUGCACGCUUUAUCAAUGGCAUUAACAAUUAUACUCCGGAUGGUAAGAAGAAGCAGAAUUGUAAAUGUGUGAGAUACAGUGUAAAUGGUGAAUGCCGGGUAUUUUUGGUUGCGACUCGUGAUAUUUCUAAAGGAGAGAGGCUAUACUAUGAUUAUAAUGGAUAUGAGCAUGAAUAUCCUACUCAACAUUUUGUCUGAGAAACUUAUAGAUAGUUGUCUAACAGUCCGACAGAACUAGGAUGUGGAUCCUCAUAGAUGCUUUCUUAUUGGUAUUUAAUUUUACAGCUUAAUCAUGUCAUUGCAGAGUUGGAAAAAAAAAAUCUUCCAAUGUACUUUUUGGCCAUUAUAGUAAUUUACAUAGAGCUACCUGUCAUGAGGCCCUAAGAAAGUGUAGAGCCGGCAAGAAAGGUUAGCCCUAGAAUUUAGACAUGAAAUUUUGAUAUCCUAGAUAUAUAGGAAACAGAAUCCUUUUGUAAUACAGAUUUCAAUUGAAAUCUUUUAUUUUACUUGGCGGCUGUUAUUGCAACUUUUGUUUGAUUCAUGAUGUGGCCGUCUCUUACAGAAAUUUCAAUAACAUAUUAAAACUUCUUCCACUUGCUCCUUAACACUUCAAAGAAUUGUGAAUUUUAAAUUGGAAGUAUGGCUUAACAUUUUAUCUUUUUUUGUUUCUAUUAAACUCAAAAUUUAGGCGUCCUCCCCUGUUCUUGCUGGAGAUCUGUGAGCAUGCAUACCAUGCAUGAAUCGCUGCCAGAGGCAUAUGAACAUUAAAAUAAAUUAUACCUAUAAUUACACAGCCCACCCUAAGUAUACAUUUUGGCAGAUCUUAGUAUGGUCACCUUCUUGAUUUUGAUUAUUUUGAGUAAAGGUCAUACAUUGAAGGAGGAGAAAAAUUCACAUUAUUUUUAUUUGCAGUCUUUUUUAUCUGAUAACUAAUUUGAUUGGUUCUCUUUUUAUUUAAUCUUAUGAACUCCUUAAGGCUCUCAUUUUAUAGUGACACUGUGGCCUCAGUUACAGUGCAGUAAUUCCAUAUCCAAUGAUAUGGGCCGGGUUGGCCCAUCAUGGGUGAACAUGAUUUUUGCCAGCCGUUUUGUUUGUGAAUUAGAUUCUUCCCUUAGAAUCCUGGAUAUGUAUCGUUUUCUUUUCAUUUCUGUUUCUAAUUCUACUUUCAACUUUCACAAAAAUCAUCUCAAAGAUAUAAUGUAACUAUGGGUAGAUUUAGAACAUUUAGCCAUGGGUAAAUUCAAUGGCAUUCUUUGAAGCUGCAAAUAAAUUAACUGGAAGCUCUGGGAUCUGUGAGCUGCUCUGCGAAUCAUGUUGCUUCCAAUCUAGAAUUUACCGGACAGUCAUGUUGCUGGUAUGAAAUUAUUUUACCUGUCCAAAAGGAUUACAUAUGCUGCUGCAUAUACUCCAUUCAUGGGGCCAGUCAAGCUUUGCUUUUGAGAUGGAUGAGAUAGUUUACUUAUUUUGAAGAUUGCUGUUGUUGGAGGUGGUUCCAUCUGAUGAGACGAUAAGAACUAUCAGAUUUCUUUUCAUUGAGAGAAGGCAAGGAGGUAAAAGGAGCUUUCUUCAAAGUUAGGUGCUCCCUAAGGUGGAUAUCGAUGAUGUUUAUUUUGCAUGGUUCUUCAGGUUUAAAUUGUGCAAAUGAAGCUGUUCUUUAAAAGACGCCAUUGCUUGCUUACUUUUGCUGUGAAUGGCAAGAUUACUUCUGGGGAAUCAAAAGUGAUGACAGCUACAGAUCUUUGCAGUAAGAGCAAUUGCAAUGCUUGUGCAUGAAAUUAAUUGGUUAUUGCAUAUUGUUCAUAUAAUGUCAAGAUGAGCAUCUCCUUCAUUUUUCACCUUACAUGAUCAGCUGCUUCACUUCUACCAUUGCUGUUGGCAUAAUUGUGUUGAUUUAUUAUCUAUUAUCAACUUUGAAAAUCUUUUGCAUGAAGUUUUUCGCCUAUUGCUCAGCUUUCACUUCUUUCUUGCCUCCUCCUCCUCUACUACGUCUAGAGCAGCAAUCAGCUUCUGUAGACAAGUCUCUUCAUCUUCUUCAUCAGACAUGGGUUGUGCAACAUCAGUUGUUCCCUUUGCAUUAGAAUAGUGAACAUGUUCUUUAAAAUUCACUACAUUGAUGAUGGGUGGGGUUGCUAGAGCUGAGAGUGAGAGGGAGACGAUUUGUAAAGAGAUUGGAUAAUUUUGGUAUUAGAAAUUUAAUUUAGAAUUUGACUACAUUGAUUAGCAGAA